UCUGGCUGUACCGGUUUUGCGCUGCCACACCUGAGCGAGCUCACGAGAAUAACCUAGCCUACCUAACAACUUUCCCUGUCAGUUGGGACCUUGAAAUCGGAACCGGCGUUUGCAUUAUUGUUUUCUCCGCUUAUGCUCAAUGCCGUGUUUCGUUUGCCGGAACCUCACCGAUAGCCUGCCGCUGGAUAUAAUUUUUACUUUCUCGUCAAUAUUAUUAUGAUUGGGAUACUACAUGGACUUAACAUUUUCACUUUAUCACACGUUGCGGGACGACGUGCCAUGUGGAUGUUAAUAGUUGAGAGAUGUUGAAGAAGAGUGGAAAUAUAUUUUAUUACUUCGAUAUUUAACUUAUAAAAAUAUAUAUUCUAUCUACAAAUAUAUUUAAAACAAAAGUUUUAUAUUAAAGAAAGAAACGUCUUUGCCGUUUUUUACGUUUGUGAUUUUUACUUGCUUUUUGUGGAUUUUAUUACUGCAUCAAAAUGAUUCUAACUGAUAAAGACUUGCAACUUUUGAGUUCCAUCCCAUCAUCAGUGCCUGAUCAAGAAAAACGUGAAAACGACCUUAAAAUAGAAUUUGAUGGAACCACAGUUCUUUGCCGAGUUUGUGGUGAUAAAGCCAGUGGAUUCCAUUAUGGUGUACAUUCUUGUGAAGGCUGCAAGGGAUUCUUUCGACGUAGCAUACAACAGAAGAUACAAUACAGGCCUUGCACAAAAAAUCAGCAAUGUUCCAUUUUGCGGAUUAACAGAAACCGCUGCCAGUAUUGCCGUCUUAAAAAGUGUAUUGCUGUUGGCAUGUCUAGGGACGCUGUCCGAUUUGGUCGCGUCCCGAAGCGGGAGAAGGCUAAAAUCUUAGCCGCCAUGCAAAAGGUAAAUGCCAGCUCCCAGGAAAAGGCUUUGGGUGCUGAACUUGAGGACGAACUUCGUCUCUUGACCACUAUUGUUCGCGCUCACGAAGAAACCUGUGAUUACACAAAAGACAAAGUCAUCGGCCUUGUGGAGAAGGCCAGGAACCAGCCGGUCUACACACAGUGCCCACCGCAAUUAGCUUGUCCAUUAAAUCCAGCCCCACAUAUUAUGGAAAAUGGUGCAUCACAUUACAUGGAAGACUUUUCCGAACGAUUUGCACCUGCAAUCAAAGGAGUUGUUGAAUUCGCCAAACGCAUUCCUGGAUUUGGAUUCUUAUCCCAGGAUGAUCAAGUGACUCUGUUAAAGGCUGGUGUGUUUGAAGUUUUGUUAGUGAGAUUAGCCUGCAUGUUUGACUCUCACGCCAAUUCACUGAUCUGCCUCAAUGGCCAAGUGUUGCGCAGGGAAUCUCUGCAUUCAGCUAGCAAUGCGAGAUUUCUGUUGGACUCCAUGUUUGACUUCGCUGAAAGAUUGAACACGCUUCACCUGUCUGAUAGUGAAGUUGGACUUUUCUGUGCUGUUGUGGUUAUUGCAUCUGAUCGACCUGGAUUGAGGAACACUGAUUUAGUUUGCAAAGUUCAACAGAAAAUGAAGAAUAUUUUGGAGAAAGCCGUGUCUGCAAAUCAUCCAGAAAAUCCAAAUAUUUUUGGAGAUUUGAUGAAGAAAAUUCCUGAUCUUCGUACUUUGAACACUCUUCAUUCUGAGAAACUUUUAGCUUACAAAAUGGAGCCUUGCAAUAGGAGAGCUGCUGGUGCAAUAGACGGCAUUACUGAUACUUCAAUGAACAAUCAAACUGCUUACACUGCAAUCCCUCACGAUAUCUGGAGCACUUAUUCUCUGGUCGCUGCCCAUCCACCGUGCCUUGCUCCAGAAGAAGACCUGAGAAGUACGUCUCCUGGUCAGCAUAGUCAACAUGGGGGUAGCACCACAGGUAGUGAGUGGAGUACAACUGAUUCCAAAGAUGAACACGAUUUAGUUGGCUCUCCCAGAUCCAUCGGCAGUGGACUUUGUGUCGAUGAUGUGAAAAGCCCCAUCAGAACAUCCAGCUUUUCCAGUUCGCGAAGUUAUGCAAAUGAAGAAACAUGGCAGUCCGAAGCAAACCAAACAGUGGUUGACUAUCAUCAUAGUAUGCCAAAAAGGCCUCUCGAAAAUCCAGGAUCCGAACAUGGAAGCAGUUCUGGCGAUGAAGGUUAUUUUAUUGACAGCCCAAUUAAAGGGCAUGUUUAUCCAAAGCUGCGUAGAGUUGACUCUCCAACAGAUUCUGGCAUCGAAAGUGGGAAAGAGCAUGGACCUAGCACAACUCCAACAAUUUCCGUUUGCUCUAGCCCCAGGUCAUCAGUUGAUGAGAAAGUGAAAGACAUGGAUCAUGAUAAUGCAUCAGAAAAGCAUGAUACCAUUGAAGACAUGCCCGUUUUAAAACGUGCUCUGCAGGCACCACCCAUCAUCAAUCCACAUAUGCUUAUGGAUGAGGCUUAUCGCCAUCAUAAGAAAUUCCGGGCUGCUCGCCGAGAGGCUGAGAGUCCUGCCAGUCCUAGCCAGGUGUCUUUGGCUAGUACUCACAGUACACUUGUCAGAACAUUAGAACAGGCACCGAGGUACCUGAGUGAACAACAAUUGAAAAGGACUGAUUUAAUUCAUAAUAUUAUCAUGCAGAAGGAAACCCUUCCAGGCCAGCAACAACCCUCUCAACCACAACACCAGCAAACCCAUCAACAAACUCUGUCACAAUCACACCAUGCUGAUACACAGUCUUAUUCUUGUCCCAGCAUGCAGAAUAAUCAUUACCCUUUCAGCAGUGUUCCUAAUCCUUCUGGUUCUUCGCCUGCUUCAACUUUUGCAUCAUCCAAUGGGCAAACGCACAAAAAUUUACUUGUCUGUCCAAAUGGUUACUACAUGCCACAAGGUGGCAAUGUUCAGCAGACAUCUAUUUAUUCUCCUGCAACAUCAGUAUCCUGGCAAUUCACACAGCAGUCCUCUUCAGCAGCCACUGUGACAUCCGCCAGCCCCGUACAAGUACACGCCCAGUACGAACAUUCUUCGCACAUGCCACAGAACUCCCCUGGCUCUCAUCAAAAUAGCACUUCAAAUUACUGUUCCUCGCCAGUGGCAAACACAUCGAGAGCAGGUUCUCCUAGGCUGCUGUACAAUCCACGAUCAUCUCCUCCAGCCACCACAUCUCCUCUAGUCAUGAAUGGAAACGGACUUUGUUCAUCCACCAUCCAAACGGUGUGCCAAGCCGAUAUGAGGCCUGGGCAGACCGAAGCCUCUUACAAACCUUCCGGUGAAUCCCAACCUUUGAACUUAUCCAAAAAACUGUUCUCUCCUCCACCCAUGUUGAAGAUUGAAUCGUGAUCAUUUUCUCUGCAAUUUGGACAUAUAUCAGAUCUUCAUUGAGGUUGGAAUUUGUGGACAUUGCAUCCUCACAAAGUCUACAGAAGCCACCUCUCCCCCCCCCACCUUGUGAUCAUGCACCUGUCGUGUCUUAACUGGAGACUGUAAGCAGCAUCAUUUGGUGCAGUUGCCAUGUUAAAAAAAAAAUGUGCCAUUCCAGAUUUAGAGAUCACAUGCAGGCUGUGUGUUUAGAUGUGAGAGAGAUGGGAAAAAGACAAGAACAAUAUUUGUUGAACUCUCAUUUGUAAAUAUUGUUUGUAUCAAAAAAAGCAUGAUUGUAUUCAUUUUGUACAAAAGAACGACCAUUGCGUGUCUUCAAAAAAUUAUGUUUGUAAAUUAUAAAAAAAGAUUGAUGGUAUAUUAUGAUGGACUGAUUGAUAGUGUUUUAUUAGAAAAGCAUUAAGUUAAAUAUUAUUUGAGAAGUUUUUUUUUUAAAGAGACAAGUAUCAAAUGUUUUUUUUUUAAGGAAAAAAAAAAAAAGUAAAAUAGGAGGAUGUACAAAGGGUUUAUUCUUUAAUUCUGGUCUGGAGAUUCAAAGGGCUAGGAAAGGGGCCAUAUUUUAGAAAGUUUUGGGUAGUGAAUAAUUGUGGUUCUUUAUUGUAAAUAUUUUCGCAUAGCACAUAUUUCAGUAAUUUAAUGUUUCCUUUUUCCAAACGAAUGGCAUCUGUGCAGUGGUGUUAAAAAAAUUUUUGCUCCAUAGUAUUAUUGUUAUAAUAAGUGGUAGGCAUAUCCAUUGAUUUAGGAGCAAAACAAAAUCAAGAACCAGAAAGGUGACAAACCAGAAAAAAAGUGUUUUAAUUUAUAAUGAAAAUAAUAUCAACAGUUCCCAAGCAUUGAAGAAUCAUAAUAAUUUAAUUAUUUAUUUAUUUAAAUUCACUUCAGCGAUAUAUUUAUUGCAUAAUCAAAGUAUAUGUUCUGUCUAAAUGAAUGAGAUUUUGAUAAGUAGAGAUAGUGUUAAUUUAUUUUAACUGUUUGAAUCUACCUGAGUUUGUCUAAUUUCUGGUUUUUGAUUUAUUCUGUUCGUGAAUCCUUAUGUUGUGCUUUUCUAAGGUCUUUAGCCAAAAUGAUGAAUACUGUUUAUUAACAGUUGUGUAGUACAAUCAAACUUUUUAAUUUAAGAAUCAUUUAAUUAUGCUGAUCUCUAAGAUCGUACAUUGGUGUGGCUCUGUGCCUGUUAUGUGAUCAUGUCAUUUCAUUAAAAAACUUCUGAAUGAAAAA